GUAAAGAAAACGAUUGACGACGAGGACAAUUACUGUGACGGUGAGUUGCUGAAGAUGAUGCUUGAGGCGAAAUCGGUCUUCGAUGAGCUUGAUGUUCGUGAUCUGAGGGAUGCACGCACACGCGCCAAUCCAUACGAAACAAUUGGCUCGGCAUUUUUCCAAAAUCGGUAUUGUUUUCGCGUUUUUUCCAAAAAUUUUCAAAAAAAGAGCGCAACUUUAUGCCCAGCGUAG